AUGGUUGUUGCAUCUCAUGUACUAGCCACCAUGUACGCAACCGACACCGAUAUCGAGAAACCCACCACAAUGGGCGUCGAGCACGUGGCCGAAACACCCGUGUCCUCUGUCAACGAAAAACACUUGCAGGAUGCGGAGCAAAUCCCUCACUUCACGCCUGAGCAGGAGAAACGGGUCCUCCGCAAGAUGGAUCUGCGGUUGAUUCCCAUGCUGUCUGUUUUGUAUCUAUUGGCCUUUCUGGACCGCGGCAAUAUUGGGAAUGCGAAGAUCGAAGGAUUGGUUGAGGAUCUGGGCCUAACGUCGCAGGAAUAUAGCUGGUGUUUAACGGUGUUCUUUUUCACGUACUGCGCGUUUGAGAUGCCGAGUAAUCUACUGCUCAAAAAGUUGCGGCCGUCGAGAUGGUUGCCGUUUUUGAUGAUUGCUUGGGGGAUUGUCAUGACAUUGAUGGGCGUUGUUCACAACUAUGCUGGGCUUUUGUCCGCGCGUAUCUUCCUCGGCGUUGCUGAGGCUGGUCUAUACCCUGGCACCGCCUACUACAUCACCAUGUGGUAUCCCCGCGAAAAAGCCCAGUUCCGACAGGCUCUUUUCUUCAGCUCGGCCAGUAUCGCCGGUGCUUUCUCCGGGCUUCUCGCUUACGCGAUUAGUAAAAUGGACGGUGUGGGCGGGUAUGCCGGCUGGCGGUGGAUUUUCAUCCUAGAAGGACUUCUCACCGUUGCGGUCGCCCUUGUCGCCCCCUUUGCGAUUCACGACUUCCCAGAGACAGCCACCUUUUUGACCGAGGAAGAGCGCCGAUGGGUGAUUCACAAACUGCGGUCUCAAUCCGGACGCGACACCACGCAAGACGGGGCGGUCCAUGAGGAAUCGCGCUUCCGCGUACGCUACGUGAUUGAUGCGUUGACGGAUUGGCAGAUCUAUGUCGCUUUGUUUAUGUACUGGGGGAUAACCACCCCUCUCUACGGUAUCUCGUACUUCUUGCCAUCCAUCAUCAAGGAUCUGGGGUACAAGUCUUCAACCGCGCAGUUGCUCACGGUGCCGAUCUACAUCGCCGCGGCCAUUGUGGCUGUCGUUGCAGCCUGGCUAUCGGAUCGUCGCAAGCAGCGGUCUCCGUUCAUUCUCUUCUUCAUGUCGCUAAUUGCCAUCGGCUUCAUCAUUGUCAUUGCUUCCACCGGUCGGGGAGUACCAGGGGUCGUCUACUUUGGUGUUUUCGUCGCUGUCAUCGGUAUCUAUCCUGCUUUCCCAGGAAACGUCACCUGGCUCAGCGUCAACCUGGCGGGCGACUACAAGCGUGCGGCCGGAAUGGCCAUCCAUAUCGGACUGGGUAAUAUGGCCGGUGCCAUGGCAUCCAACUUUUACCGUGCGCGGGACGCACCUAGGUAUAUUCUGGGCCACGCAUUGGAGCUGGGUUUCGCGGUCGUCGGAAUCAUUGCAGUGGUGAUUCUGCGGCUGUCGUAUCAGCGCAUCAACAAGAAACGUGAUCAGAUGGAUAUUUCGGGCUAUGAUAAUGCUCAGUUGGCCCGGAUGGGCGAUCGGUCGCCCCUAUUCAGUACCCCUCAAACGCUGCACAUCAUCAUGGCGGGCACCGUCUCCUUCCGCGGAAGAGACUGGAUUCACUUCGGCCUGCGCAUCCUCUUCUGCGCAUCUGCAAUCGCUCUUCUAGCCGUCACAGCUCGCCUAGCAAUAGGAUGGGGAGGAGACAAUGAGGAACCCCCGAUUGUUCUUCCCUUCGUUCUAGCCACAGCGUCCCUGGCGAUCGUCACAGACAUUCUCGCUCUGUUCUUUCUUUUCCGGUGUAUCAGCUUCAUCACGACGACGGCCAUCCUCGACAUCCUCGUCAUGAUCUUCUGCGCUGCUGGGGUUGUCUCCCUUUCACAGGGGGACUUUGCUUUCUACUGGCGGCUUUACUAUCAUGAUUACCCGCCAGUGUCGGAGCAGGCGGAGAUUAUCGUCUUUGCGUUGAAUAUUCUUGUUGCGGGGCGAUUGGUGAAUGAGGAUGCUAAGGAAGUGCCGGUGCAGGCGCAGAGUUGCUACCAAUAG